UAGAUAAUAGGAUACCCACAUAAUUCCAUUCAUAACUUCCGGCAGUAACUAGCAUACUCAGAAUCUCCACACAAACAAAAAGAACCGAAUAGGAUCAUGAUCAAACAACACGACAUUAUUUGCUGAUCAUGAGCUCCUUAAGGUGCAUUUCAAAACACCCAACAAUUUCUCUAAUAGACUCACGCACAUCUCUCAAGGAGCUGAAGCAAAUCCACGCCCAACUGCUGACGAACGGUCUCCUUAACGACCCCAACCGUCUAGGCCAAUUCGUCGCCACCAUAGCCAUCCACAACCCCAACAACCUCGACUACUCGAACCAAGUUCUCGACCAAUGCCACUUCCCAACGCUUUUCGCCUUUAACUCCAUGAUCAGAGCCUACUCCAAAACCUCCACGCCUCACAAAAGCUUCCAUUUUUACAAUAGGAUUCUAAUGUCCAACGACAAUCUCUCGCCUUAUAACUACACGCUCAAUUUCAUGGUUCGUGCAUGCGCUCAGCUUUCGGGUUCCGAAACCGGUCCGUCGGUUCAUGGUGCGGUCAUAAAGCAGGGGUUUGAGAAUGAUCCGCAUAUUCAAAGCGGGUUGAUUUUCAUGUACGCCGAGUUGGGUCGCUUGAGCUCGUGCCACCGGGUGUUCGGCGUGAUUCCCGAGCCGGGUGUUGUGUGUCAGACUGCAAUGGUGAGUGCUUGUGCUAAAUGCGGUGAUGUUGGGCUUGCGCGGGACCUGUUUGAUGAAAUGCCGCAGAGAGACCACGUCGCUUGGAAUGCGAUGAUUGCGGGGUACGCGCAAUGUGGGAAGUCGAGGGAGGCGUUGGCUUUGUUCCACAUGAUGCAAGUGGAUGGUGUGAAGGUGAAUGAGGUGUCUAUGGUUUCUGUUCUGUCGGCGUGUUCGCACUUGGGGGCAUUGGAUCAUGGGAAAUGGGCGCAUGCUUAUAUUGAGAUAAACAGGUUGAGAAUGACGGUGAAUUUAGGGACCGCGCUUAUUGAUAUGUAUGCAAAAUGCGGGGACAUGAAAAGGGCCAUGGAAGUCUUCUGGGGAAUGAGAGAAAAGAAUGUGUACACAUGGAGUAGUGCCAUGGGUGGCCUAGCUAUGAAUGGAUUUGGAGAGAAGUGUCUUGAGCUCUUCUCGCUUAUGAAACGAGAUGGAGUUCAGCCAAAUGAAGUAACAUUUGUUGCAGUCUUUAGGGGUUGUAGUGUGGUUGGAUUGGUUGCGGAAGGUUGCGAGCAUUUUGACUCGAUGAAAACAGUGUAUGGAAUCGAGCCUCAGAUAGAACAUUAUGGGUGUUUGGUCGAUUUAUAUGGUCGAGCAGGGCGUUUAGUUGAUGCCCUGGGUGUCAUCGAUAGCAUGCCUAUGAAGCCCCAUGCCGGUGCUUGGGGAGCUUUGCUUAAUGCUUCUAGAAUGCACAAGAAUUUGGAGUUGGGCAAACUCGCCUCGAGAAAGAUUGUGGAGCUAGAGGCCAAGAACCAUGGUGCUUAUGUUCUUUUAUCAAACAUGUAUGCGGAUUCAAAGAAUUGGGAUGGAGUUAGUAAUGUGCGUCAGAUUAUGAAGGCUAAAGGUGUAAGGAAGCUUCCUGGUUGUAGUGUUAUUGAGGUGGAUGGUGAGGUUCAUGAAUUCUUUGUAGGGGACAAAUCCCAUCCAAGAUAUGAUGAGAUUGAGGUGAAGUUAGGUGAUAUCUCUAUGCGGCUUAAAUCAUUCGGUUAUACGGCGAAUACUAAUCCGGUGCUAUUCGAUAUAGAAGAAGAAGAGAAAGAAGAUGCCUUGUGUAAACACAGUGAGAAGGUUGCAAUUGCUUUUGGCUUGAUCAGCUUGAGGGAGGGUGUUCCAAUUAGGAUUGUGAAGAACCUCAGGGUUUGUUGGGAUUGUCAUGAAGUAACAAAACUGAUUUCAAAACUUUACAAUAGAAAAAUUGUUGUUAGAGAUAGGAAUAGGUUCCAUCAUUUUCAAGACGGCGAGUGUUCUUGCAAGGGUUAUUGGUGAAACAAAAAUUUGACUAGUUUCAUUUCGAGAAGAUUUUGUUUAUUCUUAGAUGUGAAUUGGAGGAAGAUUUCUUUUUUUGUCUAUUUCUUCAUAAGUUAUCAAGAGAAGAUUGCUUUUACAUUCUUUG